AUGAGUUCAGGCGGUGUGCCGAAUACCGGUCGCGGUUCUGGCUCGUCGGGCUACGUUCAGAAAAACAUUUCUGCCGAAAGCAAACCCAAAGGUCGCUAUGAAUCCCGAGAAUUGAACACGAGAAAAGACAAAUGGAGGGAGGACCAAGAGACCCAGGACCGUUUACGAAGAGAGACCGAUGAGGUUUUGGCUACACACAACAAAUUGCGGGGGAUAGAAGUCUCCUGCGCAGAAUUGGAGGACGAGUUGGAGAGACGAGGUUUCAGCGAACAAGAGAUUGAUGACAAGGUCAACAAACUUCGAACACGGCUAAAGCGCCAAAUGAGCGAGCAAGAGAAUAAAGCAAAUGCGGAUGUUGAUGAUGCAGACUCUAAAUCUGACGUGUAUAGCUAUACACCGCGCUUUUCAUGA